AUGAGCGGCGGGGAUGGUGGAAGCGGGGCGGGCGCCAUCAGCUACGCCCUUCCCUCCAUCCCCUCCAACAAACUCCCGGACUUGCGUUUUAUCAGCCGUGGCGCUUACGGUACCGUGUCCGCCGCCCGCCACGCUGACUGGAGGGUCCCGGUGGCCCUCAAAUGCCUGCAGGGGCCGCUGCUAGCCAGUGAUAGAAACCACCUUCUAAAAGAAGCAGAGAUAUUACACAAAGCCAGGUUUAGUUACAUUCUGCCAAUUUUGGGAAUUUGCAAUGAGCCUGAAUUUCUGGGAAUAGUAACAGAAUACAUGACAAAUGGGUCAUUAAACCAGCUUUUACACGGGAAAGAUGUAUAUCCUGACAUUCCCUGGUGCCUGAGAUUCCGCAUUCUUUAUGAAAUUGCUUUGGGAGUAAACUAUUUGCACAACAUGAAUCCUCCGUUGCUGCACCAUGACUUGAAAACGCAGAAUAUUUUGCUGGAUGAUGAGUUUCAUGUCAAGAUUGCAGAUUUUGGCAUGUCAAAAUGGCGUGUCAUAUCCAUGUCGCAAUCACGAAGUGAAACCUCUUUGCCAGAAGGAGGGACGAUUAUCUACAUGCCACCUGAAGAUUACAAUCCCAGUCAGAAAACCCGUGCAAGUGUAAAACAUGAUAUCUACAGUUAUGCAAUUAUUAUGUGGGAAGUGAUGUCAAGGAAACAGCCAUUUGAAGAAGUUAUAAACCCCUUGCAGAUAAUGUAUAGUGUGUCACAAGGACAGCGACUAGACUUAAGUGAAGAAAGUUUAUCAACGGACAUUCCUCAUCGAGCGCUCAUCAUAAGAUUGAUAGGAAGUGGAUGGGCACAAAACCCAGAUGAAAGACCAUCAUUCUUAAAAUGCUUGAUAGACCUUGAGCCAGUCCUGCGAACAUUUGAUGAAAUAGCUAUGCUGGAAGCAGUAAUUCUGUUAAAAAGAUCAAAGUCACUGUAUGAAUCACGAUGUAUUUACAAGAGUGGAAAGAAAGCAGAUGUGGAGCAGAUAUCUCUAAAUAUACCUCUGAAUCCCCAAGUGGAAACAUAUUCUGGCUCCAUACAAUGUGAUGCACUUCCCCUUCGAAGCAUCUCUCCAGAUAUAUCAAGACUCAAGUCUGUUCCCAAGUGUAAUAUCCUCUCAUCAGAUGGAAGUUCUGGGAGUCUACACUCUCUCAGCAGUCAGAGCACAGAUGAAAAUAUCUCUGUAACUCAGAGCGCCAAACUUCUUGUGCAACCAUACAGUUAUUUUCCCUCAUCUGACAAAAGUACUUCAGAUGCCUCCAAUUCUGCGUCAUGUAUGCUGCGGUCUUCACCAAUUCCUUCAGAUUUUGUUUUGGAAACCAUACAACAGAAUGUAGCUCAUCAAUGGAUCCAAAGUAAAAGAGAAGAAAUUAUUGAUCAGAUGACUGAAGCAUGUUUGAAUCAGUCACUGGAUGCUCUUCUAUCAAGAUUUUUACUCAUGAAAGAAGACUAUGAACUUAUAAGCACUAAACCUACAAGGACAUCAAAAGUCCGACAACUGCUUGAUACCUCAGAUAGCCAAGGAGAGGAAUUUGCCAGAAUUAUAAUACAAAAGUUGAAAGAUAACAAACAGCUAGGACUUCAACCUUAUCCAGACAUUGUAUCUAAUUCUCUAAGACUACAUCUUUAA